GUUCACACAAGUUUACACGCUGGUUUGCAUUGCUUUAAGAAGCGGCUACUAUAGACCGGACUGCGUUAGUUGACUCCAUCGACAGGUGAGCCACCAAUUCCAAUCAGACUAAGUGUACUGCAAAAAUUGAUCAGGUUAAUUAUUGGCUAAUUAUGUAGUAUUUCCGACGGUCGCAUGACUUCCACAAAUGCUGUAUACCCCUCGACAAUUGGCCGCGAAGGGCGAUCUCCACCCUCUCUGCCCUUAUUUAGAUUCCCAACGAUGUGACUGACUCAAGGAGGCUGAGGACUAGCCAAAGUCAGGGGCACUGCGAUGAUCUUGACUUAACGACCGUCAUAGCAAUCUUGGAUUCGUCCUGAUGGAGGAGGUACCAGCGCAUAGGCUCACGCGUGUAUCCUUCAAAAGCAGAUGAGAGACAGGAUGUUCUGAUUCCUGAAACACCCGCAAUUCAACAUAUCCGCUCUCGAUUUUCAAUCUCUUGCCUUGUGCACAUAAUGGUCUUCUUACCUUCAACCACCUCUGCCCCUUCAGCAGUCGAUGCCGGUCUCAAGCGUAGCCGUGUCGACUAUUCUCGCCAUCUAUCAUCGGAAGCCCGUUCCAGGCUCCCUAAUCCAAUUAAGUCUAUCUGGAAAGUUGCUCAGGUCAAAGCUGGCACCAUCAAUAUGGGAAACGGUGAUCCGCACCAUACGCUGUAUCCCAUAUCCGAGAUGAACUUUGUCGUUCCUUCCAUUGAUGAGCAUGACCCCGUGCAAUCAUGGAGGUCUGGCACUGGCGAGCAAAAUAUUAUUGCAUCAUAUAAGGACGACCCCUGCACUUUGAGCCUCCGUACCGCCUUUGCGUACGGUGCUGGUGCAGGUCUCAAGCAGGUCCGUGAUGCCCUUGCAGACCUCAACGACCGGAUCCAUUCUCCCCCCAAUCAUACCGUAUCGCUCAGCCUUGGCAAUGCGGACGCACUGACAAAAUGCUUCCGUCUUCUCGGUGAUCCGGGCGACUCUUUCCUUUGCGAAGAAUUUACCUUUUCUGCUAUGACCAACGCUGCUCUGCCUCUGGGUAUUGAAUGGGUCCCGAUCCGGAUGGAUAAAGAUGGAUUCAUUCCUUCAGAUUUGGAACGAAUUUUGUCCAACUGGGACGAAGCAGCGCAGGGUAAACGACCCCAUGUGCUUUACACAAUCCCGUGCUCGCAGAACCCAACAGGAAGCACACUUUCAUUGGAAAGAAGGCAACAGAUUUAUCAAAUCGCACACGAUUGGGACAUUAUAAUCCUCGAGGAUGAUCCGUACUUUUUCCUCCAGUACGAUCUUGAUGUGAACCAGAGCACGAUACAACAGUACGGAUACACGCGUGCCAUGGCGGAAGUUCUCCCACGGUCAUUCCUAUCCAUGGAUUACGACGGACGCGUAAUGCGCCUAGAUAGUUUCAGCAAAAUCGUUGCCCCUGGAAUGCGACUGGGCUGGGUCACGAGCAACAGCUUCUUCGCAGAUAAGCUUGACAUGCUGACGGACUCGUCUUCGCAGCAUCCACAUGGCAUGGGUCAAGCUUUCAUUGCCGAGUUGCUUGGCAGUGAUGGCUGGGGCGUCGAUGGCUUCAUGAAGUGGAUUUCAUCGCUAUGCAACGAGUACCAACGUCGGAGGGAUCUCUUCAUGGAUGUUUUCCGGCAGAAGGUUGCCGUUUCCCGCUUCGCUACUGCGGAGGUACCACAAUCUGGGAUGUUUGUCUGGAUCAAAAUCAACCUUGAGCACCACGCACGAUUCUCAACCUCUCAGACCCCGACGGUGCCAGGCGGUCCGACGACAAACACCGCGGAUCUGAUGGACGAGCUAUUCAGGAAGCUGCUAGAUUGCGGCUUGGUCAUGAUGCCAGCAUCGACAUUUGCCAUCGUUGAUCGCACGGGAACCAUGGGAAGCCAUAUCAAUGAUCGAGUGAACUUCUUCAGAGCCACGUUUGUCGGUACAGAUGAAACUAUUCGUGAUGGCCUUACUAUCUUUGGCCGCACGCUAGAGGAAUUCUUCUGCUUCUAAAUUUCAUACUAUAGCUUUCCGUCGACGCUAAGCUGCUUGUUUCGCUCUAGGUUGCAUGGAUACUUGCGUGUGAGAUGCAGACUCUGGUAUUCUAUGCAUUGUUCACAUUUAUUAUAAUCUACCCUGUUAUGCUUUGAUAUGUUGUGUGUAUUGGAUUAAUUGGAAACGUGUACUUAUAUGUAUGUACUACAUAUUCGCACCUGUUAUUUAAUGCAAUUGCUUGGAGAUUCCGACGCUUUAGACUCGAGCUUGAUGGCGAUUGGUAUCCUGACUGAUCUGACCGGAUCAGCAAAUGCACUAAAGUUGAUCAUGUGCUAUGGCUGCGCUGGUAGUAAACAAGG